CGGUGAAAUUUCGGUCGAAUUUUUGGUUUUCAAAAACAGCAAAAAAUACAAAAAAAUAAAAAAUAAAUCAAAAAAAAAAUUAAUUAUGGGCAAGAAGUUCUGUUACUCGGAGUUGAAGGCAACGGCCCAGACUGCCUCUCGAAUCGGAUGCAGUCGCCUGGAAAAGGAUCAGAUCUUCGAGGAGGAGGAGGAGGAAGAGGACGAGGAGGAGGAGGAGGAAGGGGAGAGGGAGGGCAAUAGCCGUUCCAAAUCUCCCAUUUUUGGCCAAAAACCCACAGCUGUGAAGCGGGUGAUGAGCCACCUGGCCCAUGGGUAUCUGAAGCUGGUCCAUCGCAUCGAGGGCGGACGGCCGUCGCCGGAACUGGAUCGGGCGGUGGGCGGGAGUACAGUGUGGGAGAGGAGGACGAGUCGGAGGAGUCGCCCUCCCACCGAGGACGAGAUAACGGACGAUUCCUCGGAGGAGCAACGGGCCACCACCGUUGGCUUUGUGGAUCUGUUCCGGCGGAGUUUGCAUUUCGAGAAGAUGGGCCUGCCCCUAACAGCCCUGGAGCUGUACUCCAUGGAGUGCCGGGAGCGAGGAAGGAAGCAGAGGGCGGCCAGGAUGCAGGGGGGUUACCAGGACGAAGGGCGUCUCGAGAAGAAGCUGGACCAGGAGGGCACUACUACUGAUACUCCGCCACAACCGGGUGGUGGUGGCUUCGAUUUCGAAAAACUACAACUCCCAGUGGCACUUCCGGAGCGACGAAAUGUAGCCUUGAGAAGGAAAUCAAACGGGAAGGUGACAGCUGGCGAGUCGACCAGGCCGGAGAUCUCAUUUCAGCCCCGACGGGUCAGCCAGACAGGUCAGGCGAACCGGCCAGCGAACGGAGACACAUUCCUAAAAAUCUUUAGUCGACCGGAAACGGAAACGGAACACAAACGCGUUUGCAAUCACAAGUUCGGAAAUCAAGGAUCCACCCACGAGAUGGAGGCUUGCGAGCAGCGAGUGGCCAAGCAGCACCAUCCCUACAAGCACAUAUCCUACCCGAGGAACCCGAGGACCAAGGACAUCCUCCAGGACGAGCAGGAGUACUCGCGAUCGGUUAGCCCGGAGCCGGUACUCAACUGCCGAUAUGCGAAAAUGAACAUCCGAGAGGCGGAUGGGAUGGAGGAGGUGGUGGCGCCGCCGCCGCCCAGAUACCAAGUGCCACGCCACCCGGUGUCCCCGGUGAUGAAGGUGCUGGUGGCGCCACGGAACAUCAAGUACUCCGAGGAGGCGUUGGCCGAGCGCUGGAAGCGCGAAACGCUCCAAGGCCAGCCAUCCUGCUCCAAGGAUGCGGCGCCGUCCAAGGCCAAGAUGCGUUCGGUGCGGGUCCUGCUGAAGACCACGCCCCGUCGCCCCGCCGAACUGGAUCGCUCCUCCUCUCCGGGCAUGUCCCUGGCCGGCUAUGAGGCGGACAGCGAGCUCUUCACCUCCAAGAGGGAGCAGCAGCCGGCGGCCAGCCACACCAGCGAGGAGCUAGAGCUGGAGGAGGAGGAUCUGGAGCCAGAGCCAGAGCCAGUGUCCAAUAAGGGGAUCAUGCAGCCCGACACCCUGACCGAGGUGUGGGCGAAGCCGGUCCACUACUGCCCGGAGCCGCCCAGCCACGGACUCUAUCGGCUGGGGGAUGGACUGAAGUACCAGCCGAUCGAUCGUCUGGACGCCGGAUGCCUGAAGACGCCGCUCUUCGACGCCGAGGACGACGUGGAGCGGACGAGGUACUUUGUGAAUGAAUUCUCGAAAUUAACGUUGGACGAACAGCGGAAGGAUAUCGAGUUUCGUCUGGGGCAGCUGCGACUGCUGCAGGACACCUCCGACCGGGAGUACCGUCGCCACAUCCUGGCCCAGGGCUUUGUGGUCAAGCCGAUCCUGACCCGGGGCGAAAGGUAUCCCUGCCCCUUUGGCCAGGAUCAGUGCCCGUUGGUGAUGAACGAGUGCCUGCUGGGGCACUUCCUGCGCGAUCACAGCGAGCCCGGAGUUCAGGUGCGUGAGUCCUUCGAGGAGAACCGGCUGCUGAUCAUCUUCAAUCCGACGAGCAUGGAGAUCGGCCGCAACGCCUGCAUGUCCGUGAUGGUGUACGGCGGGGUGAGGGGGCGCCAGUGCACGUUGCCCAUUCGCCGGUUCAUGCCCGGUUGCAACAAGGACCUGCCCAAGUCGUUCGCCUGCUACGAAGGACACUUGCCGUUGUUUGUGAUGAUAUGCCGGAAUCGCCGGAGUCACCUGGAAUCCGGACGGAAGGUACGCUACCGAGGACACCACCAGGACACCGACUCGGAGGACUCUACGGCCGCUGAUGCCGACGCCGCCGAUGAGGAGGAGGAGGAGGAGGAAGAGGACUCCGAUGUCCUUACCCUGUGGAUGGCCAGCGUGGAUCUGCCCCAGCCCAUUCAUGCCGUGAUGACGGUCUUCAAUCGCCGACUGGACGCCAGUGUCAGUUCGAUACUGAAGGUACGCGGUCUCCGGAAGUCCCACGACUGCCGGGUAUUCAUGCAGUCGAGUCGCCACUUUAUGCGACUGGGCGGCAAGGAUCUGAAGAUCCUCACGAACAACAACACCGAACCGCUCUACCUGGAGGUGACCAUCAAGGAGUAUGUCGGUCUCUUUCCCCUCCAGAAUCACAGCUGCAAGUCUCAUAAUCAUCAUAAUCAUCAUUAUAAUCGUCAUCAUCACUGUGGCAGUGGCAGUGGCAGUCCCAGUCCCCAGACCCCAGAUAGUUGGUAUCCCCCCCCCUCACAUCACCGGAAAUGAUCGUACAAUCGUAUUAUAUAACAUAUACACAUAUAUAUUGUGGUAUUUGUGGCAUUUGUAGUAGAAUUUUAAUGCCUUUGUAGCUCCAAAAUUUUUAGGAUUCACUUUCUUCUGGCAUCUCCACUCCCACCCCCCACAGCAGCACUUCUUACUUUCUUUCGGCUAAAUGAGACAGUCUUGAGGUUUUAAAUAAAUAUUCAAAGGAUUUGGAUAAUUGUGGA